CCGGGCAAGAUGGCUGGGGGUGAGGCUGGAGUGACUCUUGGGCAGCCGCACCUUUCGCGCCAGGAUCUUGCCACUUUGGAUGUUACCAAGUUGACACCACUUUCACACGAAGUUAUCAGCAGACAAGCCACAAUUAAUAUAGGUACAAUUGGUCAUGUAGCUCAUGGGAAAUCCACAGUUGUCAAAGCUAUUUCUGGAGUUCACACUGUGAGGUUCAAAAAUGAAUUAGAAAGAAAUAUUACAAUCAAGCUUGGGUAUGCCAAUGCUAAGAUUUAUAAACUUGAUGACCCAAGUUGUCCUCGGCCAGAAUGUUACAGAUCUUGUGGGAGCAGUACACCUGAUGAGUUUCCUACAGACAUUCCAGGGACCAAAGGGAACUUCAAAUUAGUCAGGCAUGUUUCCUUUGUUGACUGUCCUGGCCAUGAUAUUUUGAUGGCUACUAUGCUGAACGGUGCAGCAGUGAUGGAUGCAGCUCUUUUGUUGAUAGCUGGUAAUGAAUCUUGCCCUCAGCCUCAGACUUCUGAACACCUGGCUGCUAUAGAGAUCAUGAAACUGAAGCAUAUUUUGAUUCUACAAAAUAAAAUUGAUUUGGUAAAAGAAAGUCAGGCUAAAGAGCAAUAUGAGCAGAUUCUUGCAUUUGUACAAGGUACAGUAGCAGAAGGAGCUCCCAUUAUUCCAAUUUCUGCUCAGCUGAAAUACAAUAUUGAAGUUGUCUGUGAGUACAUAGUAAAGAAAAUUCCAGUACCCCCAAGAGACUUUACAUCAGAACCCCGACUUAUUGUUAUUAGAUCUUUUGAUGUCAACAAACCUGGCUGUGAAGUUGAUGACCUUAAGGGGGGUGUAGCUGGUGGUAGUAUUCUAAAAGGAGUGUUAAAGGUGGGCCAGGAGAUAGAAGUCAGACCUGGUAUUGUUUCCAAAGAUAGUGAAGGAAAACUCAUGUGUAAACCCAUCUUUUCCAAAAUUGUGUCACUUUUUGCGGAGCAUAAUGAUCUUCAGUAUGCUGCUCCAGGGGGUCUUAUUGGAGUUGGAACAAAAAUUGACCCCACUCUAUGCCGGGCUGACAGAAUGGUGGGGCAAGUACUUGGUGCAGUUGGAGCUUUACCUGAAAUCUUCACAGAAUUGGAAAUUUCCUAUUUCCUACUUAGACGGCUUCUAGGUGUACGCACUGAAGGAGACAAGAAAGCAGCAAAGGUGCAAAAGCUGUCUAAGAAUGAAGUACUCAUGGUGAACAUAGGAUCUCUGUCGACAGGAGGGAGAGUUAGUGCUGUCAAGGCAGAUUUGGGCAAAAUUGUUUUGACUAAUCCUGUGUGCACAGAAGUCGGAGAAAAAAUUGCACUCAGCCGAAGAGUUGAGAAACACUGGCGUUUAAUUGGUUGGGGUCAGAUAAGAAGAGGAGUGACAAUCAAGCCAACAGUAGAUGAUGACUGAAGAAUCCCAGUUAAAUAAUACAUUUGGAUGGAGUUGGAAUUUCUCUUAACCUAGGGGUGUAUUUUCAAAGCAAUAUUAGGGAAUUCAUUUCACAGCUCAUUACCUUAGUAGGUAGCUAGCUGUAAGGUUAUUCUCAUUUUUGAUGGUGAAAAUUUAACCUGGUAAUAAACUAGGGUCUAUAAUAAAUAUAAAAAUUGGCAUAAUGUUGGAUUGAAUCUACAUUUUAGCAGAAGUUAAGCAUUCCAAAAUAACAUCUAAUUUGUAAUGUCAACACAGGUUUGAAAUGAAAUUGCUACAACCAGCCUUUGCUGUAGCAUACCACUGAACCUGUUUGAAAUAAAAUUUUUCUUCUUCUUUUUCAUGAUUUGUCUUUCAGCAGCUCUAGGCUGAAGGACUGUUGUACUAUUAAAAACUUGAAGACACAAAUUCUCCUUGAAGACCAGCUCCCUUUUGUUUGGCGCCAUAUUUUAUGUUGCUUUAUCUUUGAAGUUUUGAGUGAAAAGGAAAUUAAUAGGUUAAAAUGAAAUUGUUCUUCAGAGCAUGA